AUGAGUGUCACGCGAUCUCAGACAGCGAGUAGACCUAGCAAUGAGCAUAGUACUACUUCAACUUACCUCGAGACACCUUGUCUAUCGGGUGAAAUUUCUUUGAUAUAUCGUUCUUUCAAAUACAGUUUCUUACAACUUCCUCCAAUUACCUCCCCGUCUGUCCAGUUAAUGAUAGUUGCGAUCAUUUGUCUGCUAUGUCCUGGUAUGUUCAAUGCUCUCAAUGGGCUUGGUGGAGCUGGAUUAGUUUCACCUGGUCCGGCCAAUGAGUCGAACAUCGCACUCUACGCUUGUUUCGCAAUUGUGGGAUUCUUUGCAGGCUUCAUCGUCAACAUAGUUGGAUUGAAGUCAUCAUUGUUUAUCGGUGGCAUAUCAUAUGUGGUGUACGCUGGAAGCUUUCUCGCUUACAAAAACCUCGAGAAUCGAGGUUUCUUGGUCUUUGGGGGAGCAUUUUUGGGAGCAUGUGCAGGCCCGUUCUGGGCCGCACAAGGGGCCAUGUUGAUAUCUUAUCCUUCUGACGAGCAAAAAGGACGUUCAACCUCUUGGUUCUGGGCUAUAUAUAAUAGCGGAGCUGCAAUAGGAAGUCUUGUGAGUAACUUUAUUCCUUCAUGCAAACCUCACUAAGCUGACAGUCUGUGGAAAGGUCACUCUAUGUCAAGAACUACAAACGAGCGUUAGCAAUGUUGCCUCUGACAGUACAUACAUCACUAUCGUUGCGCUAAUGUUUGCUGGGACAGCAUUAGCCCUUUGCCUAUGCCAACCCAAUAAUGUCAAAAGGGAAGACGGGUCUUGUGUUCAACUCACAGUAACUGUUGAAAAAGACUGGCGAAACGAAUUUAUGCAUUUCUGUAAAGUGAUCCGCAAAGACUAUUUUAUCAUUCCAUUAUUCCCGUUAUUCCUCACCUCAAAUUGGUGCUAUCCAUACCAAUUCAACACCUUCAACCUUAAAACAUUCAAUAUCCGCACCAGAGCUUUGAACAACUUCCUUUACUGGCUAUCGGAGAUACUAGGUGCGCUAGUUGUGGGCCAUACCUUGGAUAAUGAUCGUCUGAGCCGAUCUAGUCGAGCGAAGGGACUUGUCGCUGGACUUGUACUUCUGACAUUCGGAGUUUGGGCUGGCGGAUACAUGUGGGAGAAAGGGCAUUAUUUUCAAACAGAUGUCGUCGAUGAGGGCAAGAAAGUGGACUUUGAUGAUGCAGCUUACCUUGGGCCAAUGUUCUUAUAUAUGGCUUAUGGAAUUUUCAAUGCAAUAUGGCAGAAUUGUGUAUAUUGGUGAGCCAUGAAUUUUAUUGUUUGAAAACAAGUAUUAACUGACAUGUCUUAGGAUCUUGGGGAAAUUUACGAGUAGUACUCGAACAGCAUCAAUCUACAUCGGCUUCUACAAAGGCAUACAGUCCGCGGGUGGCGCUAUCAGUUAUCGCAUAAACAACUCAGACAUUUCUGCAAUUAAUGAAUUCUUAAUUUGCUGGAUUCUUCUCGCUGUUUCACUAGUUAUAGCGGCGCCAGUUAUCAUUUAUAAGAUACGAGAUGAGGUCGACGAGGAAGAAACAGCUGGAGAAGAAACAGCUACAGAAGUAGGGCUCGCAGAGGUUGAUGAGGAGAAAGCAAAUGUUGGAAGAAGUUCGAAAAAUGGAGCCCAAGGGGAGCUUUCCGAAAAAAAGUUGGAAACAUCACCAGCGUAA